UCAACGUCAUCAAGGCGCGACGGCUUCAUUCCGAGGGCAGUGUAAACAAAUCUGGCGGUUUCUGCAGUUAUUCAGACACUUUAGCGAUAAAUACACUCUUUUUAGUAAGUUUACGGUUAAAUCACGCACAGUGGAAGCUCCUGUACCUUUGGCCUAAAUGCACAGGUGUUGUUUUAGCCGCUUUCCGCUCACUUAAAGCGGACCGUUAGCUGUUAGCCGUUAGCGGCACCGAUGGAGCAGUUGCCGCACCUGCCCCCUGAGGUCUGGGUCACCGUGUUCAGCUACCUGAGCACCGAGGACAAGCACACCGUCCGCACCGUGUGCCGCCAGCUGAAGAGGCUGGUCGACCACCCGGCGCUGUGGCGGGACUACACGGUGGUGCUGUCCGACCUGCGCCGCUACACCUACGGCUUCUGGGACACCCUCAACUACCGCAAGCUGACGCGCGUUGCGGUGCGGCACCUGCGGCGCAAAGAGUGGCGGCGGCUCGUGAAGUUCCUGCCCAGCCUCACCGCCGUGGUCUUCGUGGACGGGGGCCGGAUCUACAAGCAGAAGUACGUGGACAACCUGUCCCGGUUCCCGGAGUUGCGGGAUGUCGGGGUGCGGAACGCCACGUGGGACGAGCCGAUGCUGAGCGCCGGGCUGGUCGGGCAGCUGCACGAGCGGCUGACUCACCUGAGCGUGUGCAACGUGCGGCUGCCGUGCACGGUGGAGUUCAUCUACGCCGUGUCGCACCUGGUCAGCCUGCGGUACCUGAUGUUCCACCAGCAGGGGGAGGGCUACGGGCUGGACACGGUGCGGCCGGUGCCCUGCGGGGUCUUCCACAACCUGCUGCUGAGCCUCGGGAAGCUCAAACACCUGAGCUGGGGGAUGAGGGGGGAGCCUCCGGAGCCGCUGCCCGACGACUACUUCAGCCCCUCGGAUCCGGAUCACCCAGGAGCUCCCCGGUACGGCGGCCCGGCGCUGACCACUCUGGAGCUGGUGGAUUACCCAGAAACCAUCCUGCCUGAGAACGCACUGCGGAGUCUGACCUCACUGAGGUCGCUGACGGUCCGUUACAGAUACAUCAGAGAGGGCAUCGAGUGUCGCCUCCCGUCCUGGCUGAGUCCGCUCCAACAGCUGGAGACUCUCACCAUCAUCGGUGGAAACUCUCUGGCCGUCUAUACGACCACCAUCCCGUCCAGCGUGACGCGGCUGACGCUGCGUGUGGCCAUCACUCUGAAGGACAUGGACUGCAUCGCUCCCAAGGUCCCGGCACUCGAGCACCUCGACAUCGAGCAGAACCGCUCCAGCGGCAGCCUCUGCAGACGGAUCCCCAUGCUGUUCCCUCAGCUCAAGACGCUCCGGAUACGGUUUUUCCGCAGAGAGCCGGAGAAGGACCUGCUGAGCCUCCACCGGCUGAGACACCUGGUGCAGCUGGAGCUGCUGGUGGAGCGCUCCUUCAUCCUGAGAGACUACCUGAACGGCCACCCCUGGCCCAGCCCCGGGGUCCAGGAGCUCAUCAACCAGCUGCGGGAGCUGUCGGAGAACCGGAUCACCGUCAUCACCACCAUGCGGCAGAGGAACCCGCUGCGGGAGUGUGACUGUGUGUGGGAGGGAGACUGAGGACAUUUUAUUCCUCCUGAAGAAGACGAAGACCACGACAGCAGAGUCGGGACCUGAGUCGGGAACAGAAGGUUGAACUACAAGGUAAAAGACUGACAGAAAUGAGGUGCACUGAAACUGAAAAAUCGAACAAAAAGAGCCUCAACAUGACGGUUAUUGGAAGUUGGAUCAAAUAUUAGAACGACGGCUGACAAUGUUUUGGCUCAAAACUCUUUUAAAAUGAAGCACUGACGUUCCAGGGUGCAUAACUUUUAAAAUGUACAUUUUACUGAAUUAUUCAUGAAGACAGGAGGCAACAUGGAGGAGAGUUAGCAGGGCAUUUAGAGAUGAAUGUUUUUAUCUUUAAUAUAAGCUGGCUUAGAGAAAGGCCUUUUAUUCUAGUAUUUUUUAAUUAAAAACCAGUAAGACUUGAGUUGAGAUCAGGGCAGCACAUUUCUUUUUUGUCAUUGUUACACUUUGUUUUAGUUUCAUCUGCUUAGUUUGAUCAUUUUCUGGGUGUUUGAAAGCUCCAUAAAUCAGUAUUUUACAAUAACAAUGACUUAAAUCAUGUGAGAACUGUCACAAACUCUCCCCCUUUAAAGAUUUCAUGAAUGCAGCGCGGCCAUUUUAAAUAUUUAUAUUGAAUAACCUGCCUAUUUUAAAUGUUUCAAACAAAGCUUUCUGAGUGGAGAAGCAUACAUUUUGUACUCAAUACACUUAUUGAUUGCUUGAACACUAACGAGUACAAUUUAGAUUUUUUUUACAGCCAUUUUUUCAUUGAUUAUUAAACUAAAAGCUCAUUAUUAUGGCUCCAAACUUCAACUUUACUUCUUAACAUUUCAAUAUUAGAAUAAUAAUUAUAAUUAUAAUUAUAAUAAUUAUAAUUAUAAUUAUAAUUAUAAUUAUUAUUAUUAUAUAUAAACAAACAGCACUUAUUAAACUUAAGAGGGAAAUUAUAUAAUAAUAAAUAAUCAAUAAACUACGAAACGCUGUCUUCCUUGAUUACACUUUGUUUUAGGUUUCCUCUGCUUAGUUUUAUUAUUUUCUGGAUGUUUAAAUCUCUAUAAAUCAAUAUUUCACACUAACAAUAAAUUAAAUCACCCGGAGACAACGUCGCCUGAUUUUUUCAGGCUUUUUAGUUUGUGCUGCAAAAAUAAUUUAAACUGUUAAAAUAAAGCCUUUUUCGUGGAAAAUUAUGUAUUUUGUAUUAAAUACACUUUGACUGAUCGGUUGAAUGUUUAACAUUAACCUGGACAAUAUAUAUAUAUUUUAUGUUUACAGCCAAUUUUCCAUUAAUUAUUAAACUAAAAGCUUGCGAUUAAACUCCAAACUUCACUUUUACUUCUUAAAAUAAUUCUAUAAUAAUAAUAAUAAUAAUAAUAAAUAAUGUCACAAACAAGUGCAAGUACUUGUUUAAUCCCACUGGGAUAUUAUAUAAUAAUUCACUUUGUUACAACAACAAAAAAUGCACAGUGAAUUCAAGGGUGACAGCUAAAGGUUUAUCUAUUCUUUGGAUGAGUAGAUAAUAUAAAAACACUAAAUGUAUUAUGAUGCACGACAAAAAU